GUUCCGGGGUGGCCGUGGCGGUGGCGGGGAGCCGGUGCGAUGGGCCAUCGCUAGAAGUGAUUGGGCAGCGGCUGCUGGCGAGACAGACCCUCCCGGGGUCCGAGGCGGGGAGGCGGGGUCGCGCGGCCCCUUCGGGAGUGGCUGCGCGUGGCGGGGCUGGCCGUUCGCCCCGAACCCCAACCCCGGACGGUGGAUCCGAAUGAAUGGGCGAACGGUGGACGACUGACUUGCGCUGGUCUUCUCCCGAGUGAGGCGUCGGCAGCGAGCAGCGGCGAAGGGACGGGAACAGAAUGAACCGGGCCAAGCCCACCACCGUCCGCAGGCCCAGCGCUGCGGCCAAGCCUUCGGGGCACCCUCCUCCAGGAGACUUCAUUGCUCUGGGCUCCAAGGGUCAGGCCACUGAAUCGAAAGCGGCAUCCACCCUGCUGAAGCCUGCCCCUUCCAGCCUGCCCUCGGAGCGCAAGCGGGAUGCUGCGGCUGCUCUGGCGGGCGCCUCGGCCCUGACCGGUCUCACCAAGCGCCCGAAACUCUCCUCCACACCCCCUCUGAGUGCCCUGGGACGCCUGGCUGAGGCCGCAGUGGCAGAGAAACGUGCUAUCUCUCCCUCGAUUAAGGAACCGUCUGUGGUCCCGAUUGAAGUCCCGCCUGCGGUGCUGCUGGACGAGAUCGAGGCGGCCGAGCUGGAGGGCAACGACGACAGGCUGGAGGGAGUGCUGUGCGGGGCCGUGAAGCAGCUGAAGGUCACGCGGGCCAAGCCGGACAGCACCCUGUACCUGAGCCUCAUGUACCUGGCCAAGAUCAAGCCCAACAUCUUCGCCACGGAGGGGGUCAUCGAGGCUCUGUGCAGCCUCCUGCGGCGGGACGCCUCCAUCAACUUCAAGGCCAAGGGGAACAGCCUGGUGUCUGUGCUGGCCUGCAGCCUCCUCAUGGCCGCGUACGAGGAGGAUGAGAACUGGCCCGAGAUCUUUGUCAAGGUGUACAUCGAAGACUCCCUGGGGGAGCGGAUCUGGGUGGACAGCCCGCACUGCAAGACCUUUGUGGACAACAUCCAGACGGCCUUUAACACCAAGAUGCCCCCCAAGAGCGUGCUCCUGCAGGGGGAGGCGGGGCGCAGCGGAGGGGAACUCAGUGCCGGGAGCAGCCCCCACCCCUCCCUCACCGAGGAGGAGGACAGCCAGACGGAGCUGCUGAUCGCGGAGGAGAAGCUCAGCCCCGAUCAGGAGGGCCAGCCCAUGCCCAGGCCUAGGUACGAGGAGCUGGCGGAGAGCGUGGAGGAGUACGUCCUCGACGUGCUGCGCGACCAGCUCACGCGGCGGCAGCCCAUUGACAACGUCUCGCGGAACCUGCUGCGGCUGCUCGCCUCCACGUGCGGCUACAAGGAGGUGCGGCUGAUGGCGGUGCAGAAGCUGGAGCUGUGGCUGCAGAACCCCAAGCUGACCCGGCCGGCCCAGGACCUGCUCAUGUCCGUGUGCAUGAACUGCGGCACGCACGGCCCCGAGGACAUGGACGUCAUCUCCCACCUGAUCAAGAUCCGCCUGAAGCCCAAGGUCCUGCUCAACCACUACAUGCUCUGCGUCAGGGAGCUGCUGAACGCGCACAAGGACAACCUGGGCACCACCAUCAAGUUCGUGAUCUUCAACGAGCUCUCCAACGCACGGAACCCCAACAACAUGCAGACGCUGUACGCCGUGCUGCAGCACAGCUCCGCACUGGCGCCCAAGUUCCUGGCCAUGGUGUUCCAGGACCUGCUGACCAACAAGGACGACUACCUGCGGGCCUCGCGGGCCCUGCUGCGCGAGAUCAUCAAGCAGACGAAGCACGAGAUCAACUUCCAGGCCUUCUGCCUGGGGCUCAUGCAGGAGCGCAAGGAGCCCCAGUACCUGGACAUGGAGUUCAAGGAGCGCUUCGUGGUGCACAUCACAGACGUGCUGGCCGUGUCCAUGAUGCUGGGCAUCACGGCCCAGGUGAAGGAGGCCGGCAUCGCCUGGGACAAAGGAGAGAAAAAGAACCUGGAGGUGCUGCGCUCCUUCCAGAACCAGAUCGCCGCAAUCCAGCGGGACGCCGUCUGGUGGCUGCACACCGUCGUCCCCUCCAUCAGCAAGCUGGCCCCCAAGGACUACGUGCACUGCCUUCACAAGGUGCUCUUCACAGAGCAGCCCGAGACCUACUACAAAUGGGACAACUGGCCACCCGAGAGUGACCGCAACUUCUUCCUCCGCCUCUGCUCAGAGGUUCCCAUCCUGGAGGACACGCUGAUGCGCAUCCUGGUCAUCGGGCUGUCACGGGAGCUUCCACUGGGCCCCGCCGAUGCCAUGGAGCUGGCCGACCACCUGGUGAAGCGGGCUGCAGCCGUGCAGGCCGACGACGUGGAAGUGCUGAAGGUGGAGAGGAUCCAGCUGAUCGACGCUGUUCUGAACCUGUGCACCUAUCAUCACCCGGAGAACAUCCAGCUCCCGCCUGGGUACCAGCCUCCGAACCUCGCCAUCUCCACCCUCUACUGGAAGGCGUGGCCCCUACUGCUGGUCGUCGCCGCGUUCAACCCAGAAAACAUUGGCCUGGCCGCCUGGGAGGAGUACCCCACACUGAAGAUGCUCAUGGAGAUGGUGAUGACCAACAAUUACUCGUACCCACCGUGCACCCUGACGGACGAGGAGACCCGGACUGAGAUGGUCACCCGAGAGCUGCAGGUCUCGCAGCGGGAGAAGCAGGAGAUCCUGGCGUUCGAGGGGCACCUGGCCGCUGCAUCCACCAAGCAGACCAUCACUGAGAGCAGCAGCCUGCUCCUGUCCCAGCUCACCAGCCUUGAGCCCCAAGGGCCGCCCCGGAGGCCUCCCCCUCACGUCCUGGAUCAGGUGAAAGGCCUCAACCAGUCCCUCCGCCUCGGGCACCUGCUGUGUCGGAGCCGGAACCCGGACUUCCUCCUCAACAUCAUCCAGAGGCAGGCUUCCUCCCAGUCCAUGCCCUGGCUGGCCGACCUGGUGCAGUCCAGCGAGGGCUCCCUGGACGUGCUGCCCGUGCAGUGCCUGUGCGAGUUCCUGCUGCACGACGCUGCCGACGAGCCCGCCUCCGGGGAGGAGGAGGAGGAGGGCGAGAGCAGAGAGCAGAAGGCCAAGAAGCGGCAGAGGCAGCAGAAGCAGCGGCAGCUGCUGGGCCGCCUGCAGGACCUGCUGCUGGGCCCCAGGGCCGACGAGCAGACCACGUGUGAGGUGCUGGACUACUUCCUGCGGCGCCUCGGCUCCUCCCAGGUGGCUUCCCGGGUGCUGGCCACGAAGGGCCUGUCCCUGGUGCUCUCGGAGGGCAGCCUGCGUGACGGGGAGGAGAAGGAGCCCCCCACGGAGGAGGACUCGGGCGACACGGACGCGCUGCAGGGCUACCAGUGGCUGCUGCGAGACCUGCCCAGGCUGCCUCUGUUCGACAGCGUCAGGACCACCACCGCCCUGGCGCUGCAGCAGGCCAUCCACAUGGAGACGGACCCGCAGACCAUCAGUGCCUACCUGGUCUACCUGUCCCAGCACACGCCCGUGGAGGAGCAGAGCCAGCACAGCGACCUGGCCCUGGACGUGGCCCGGCUCAUCGUGGAGCGCUCCACCAUCAUGUCCCACCUGUUCUCCAAGCGCUCCUGCAGCGCCGAGUCGGACGCCGUGCUGGCCGCCCUGCUCUCCAUCUUCUCCCGCUACGUGCAGCGCAUGCGCAAGAGCAAGGAGGGCGAGGAGGUCUACAGCUGGUCGGAGUCGCAAGACCAGGUCUUCCUGCGCUGGACUAGUGGGGAGACGGCCACCAUGCACAUCCUGGUGGUCCAUGCCAUGGUCAUCCUCCUGACGCUGGGGCCGCCCCGCGCUGGUGACGGCGAGUUCCAGGCGCUGCUGGACAUCUGGUUCCCAGAGAAGAAGCCCCUGCCCACGGCCUUCUUGGUGGACACGUCGGAAGAGGCGCUGCUGCUGCCCGACUGGCUGAAGCUGCGCAUGAUCCGCUCGGAGGUCCCGCGCCUCGUGGACGCUGGUACGACCCGGGCGCGGCUCGAGGGGGAGGACCAGGCCUUGCCCCUGCUGUGGGCCUGGUGUGUGUUCUUCCCUCGCCUGGUGGACGCUGCCCUGCAGGACCUGGAGCCCCAGCAGCUGCUGCUGUUCGUGCAGUCCUUCGGCAUCCCGGUGUCCAGCAUGAGCAAACUUCUCCAGUAUCUGGACCAGGCGGUGGCCCACGACCCCCAGAGCCUGGAGCAGAACAUCAUGGACAAGAAUUACAUGGCUCACCUGGUCGAGGUCCAGCACGAGCGAGGGGCGUCCGGAGGCCAGACUUUCCACUCCCUGCUCACAGCCUCCCUGCCCGCCCGGCGAGACAGCACGGAGGCGCCGAAACCCAAAAGCAGCCCAGAGCAGCCACCGGGCCAGGGCAGGCCCCGGGCCGUGACACAGGUGCGGGUUCUGGGCCCCGAGGAAGACCUGGCCAGCAUGCUCCUGCAGAUCUUCCCGCUGAGCCCCAGCCCGCGGUGGCAGAGCUCCAGUGCGCGCCCUGUAGCCCUGGCGCUGCAGCAGGCCCUGGGCCGGGAGCUGGCGCGAGUCCGCCAGGGGAGCCCCGAGGUGCCAGGCGUCGCGGUGCGCCUCCUGCAGGCCCUCGCCACCCUGCUGAACUCCCCGCACGGCGGCGCCCUGGUCAUGGUCAUGCACCAGAACCACUUCCUCGCCUGCCCUCUGAUGCGCCAGCUCUGCCAGUACCAGCGCUGUGUGCCCCAGGACACCGGCUUCUCGUCGCGCUUCCUCAAAGUGCUCGUGCAGACCCUGCAGUGGCUGGACAGCCCCGCCGUGGAGGCCGGGCCUCUGCAGGCCCAGCUCAAGCUGUUUGCCGCCCAGUACUCAGCACGGCGCCGGAUCAGCGAUGUGCGGAGCGGGUUCCUGCACCUGGCAGAGGCCCUGACGUUCCGCGGGGACCCGGAAGUGGUCAGCUCCACCAUCCGCGCCAUCGCGGCCACCCUCAAGUCUGGGGAGGGGUGUGACGUGGAGCCCGAGCUUAUCAGCAAAGUCCUCCGGGGUCUGGUUGCCGUGAGGUCGCCUCACCUGGAGGAGCUGCUGGCCGCGAUCUUCUCCGCUGCCUCCGCCUUCCCGGCCUCGGGGCCCGUGUCCGUGGUGAGCUCACUGCUGCUGCAGGAGAAGGGGGAGCCCCCGGCCCUGGGGAAGCAGGACUCUGACGGCUGCAGCCUGGAGGCUGUGUGGCUGGGACCCUGCUCGGGGCUCCUUGUCGACUGGCUGGAGAUGCUGGACCCCGAGGUGAUCAGCAGCUGCCCUGACCUGCAGCAGCGGCUGCUGUUCUCCCAGAGCAGCAAGGGCAAAGGCCAUCCUGGCCCGCAGGUGCCGUCUUUCCGACCCUACCUCUUAGCCCUGCUCACGCACCAGUCCAACUGGUCCACGCUGCACCAGUGUAUCCACAUUCUGCUGGGCAAGAACCGGGAGCAGAGGUUCGACCCCUCGGCCUCCCUGGACUUCCUCUGGGCCUGCAUCCACAUGCCUCGCAUCUGGCAGGGCAGGGACCAGCGCACCCCUCAGAAGCGGCGGGAGGAGUUGGUGCUGCGCGUCCAGGCCCCGGAGCUCAUCGGCCUGGCGGAGCUGAUCCUGGCGGAGGCAGAGGCCAGGAGCCAGGACGGGGACGCCAGCGCCUGCAGCCUUCUCCAGGCCCGGCUGCCCCUGCUGCUCAGCUGCUGCCGCGGUGACGAUGAGGGCGUCAGGAAGGUGACGGCGCACCUGACGAGCUGCAUCCCGCAGUGGGCUGACAGCGUGCUGGGCAGGCGUUGCCGAGACCUGCUCGUGCACCUCUACCUGCAGCGGCCAGACCUCCGGGUGCCUGUGCCUGACGUCCUGCUGCACAGCGAAGGGGCCGCCGGCAGCAGCGUCUGCAAGCUGGACGGCCUCAUUCACCGCUUCGUCACCCUCCUCGCGGACACCAGUGACUCCCGGGCGGCCGAGAACCGAGUGGCCGAUGCCAACGUGGCCUGUCGGAAGCUGGCUGUGGCCCACCCCAUCCUGUUGCUCAGGCACCUGCCCAUGAUCGCCGCCCUCCUGCACGGCCGCAGCCACCUCAACUUCCAGGAGUUCCGGCAGCAGAGCCACCUGACCUUCUUCCUGCACGUGCUGGGCAUCCUGGAGCUGCUGCAGCCGCACGUGUUCCAGAGCGAGCACCAGGGGGCGCUAUGGGACUGCCUGCUCUCCUUUCUCCGCCUGCUGCUGAACUACAGGAAGUCCUCCCGCCACCUGGCCCCCUUCAUCAGCAAGUUCGUGCAGUUCACCCACAAGUACAUCACCUGCAAUGCCCCGGCCGCCAUCGCCUUCCUGCAGAAACACUCCGACGCGCUCCAUGACCUGUCCUUUGACAGCAGUGACCUGGUGAUGCUCAAGUCGCUCCUGGCGGGGCUGAGCCUUCCCAGCAGGGACGGCAGGGCCGACCGCGGCCUGGACGAAGAGGGCGAGGACGAGGGCUCGGCUGGCCCCCUGCCUCUGGUCAGCGUCUCCCUCUUCACCCCUCUGACCGCAGCUGAAGUGGCCCCCUAUGUGAAGAGGCUUUCCCGGGGCCAGACGGUCGAGGAUCUGUUGGAGGUUCUGAGCGAUGUGGACGAGAUGUCCCGGCGGAGACCCGAGAUCCUGGGCUUCUUCUCGACCAGUCUGCAGCGGCUGAUGAGCUCAGCUGAGGAGUCCUGCCGCAGCCUGGCCUUCAGCCUGGCCCUGCGCUCCAUCCAGAGCAACCCCAGCAUCGCAGCCGACUUCCUGCCCACGUUCAUGUACUGCCUGGGCAGCCGGGACUUCGAAGUAGCGCAGACGGCCCUCCGGAACCUGCCGGAGUACACCCUCCUCUGCCAGGAGCAUGCAGCCGUGCUGCUGCACCGGGCCUUCCUGGUGGGCAUGUACGGCCAGAUGGACACCAGCGCCCAGAUCUCUGAGGCCCUGAGGAUCCUGCACAUGGAGGCUGUGAUGUGAGCCGGGUCCACUGGUGGUCUCCUCCGGGAGCACCAAGGCAGGCAGGGCCAGUACUCAGAGCCCACGCCCAGCCACCCCGGCCAGCAGUGUGGGCGCCGUCUGCCCCGGAAGCUGUCCCACCUGCGGAGUGACGGGGGGCACAGCCCAGCUGGGAGGGGAUGCUGACAUCCUAGCGAGUCGAGGCGAGGGGCUGGGUUCAAAUGAAACGUUUUGAACUCCGCGA